CUUUCCUAGCUCUUUGUACAAAUGGCGGCUUACGGUGAAACACGCUGUACCGUAUAACCCGUGCGGCUCAUCCGGCCCGUUUCCUUCGUCGUGGAAGUAAAAAGUUGAGGCGCGGCCGAUAUCCGUUAAACCGACCGGACCGAGAGGACGCGACAGGCGUCGAGCGCGCGAUAAAUUGAUCGAUAAAUCGUGCCGAUAAGAAUAGUAUAUAAAUAAUAAUGGGCAACGUGAUGGCAUCCGCGCCUCUUCCACCUCCGCCGCCUUACAAUCCGCCACCGGGUCCUGGACUGAUGCCGAAUUUAGGGAAACAGGACCCGUCGUCCGCGGACGCGUACGCGCCCGCCGAGACGACCACUCGGAUCGAGAACCCGGGCACCAUCGAGGAUCUGCACAAGAAGUGUAAAGAUAUAUUUCCUAUAAAUUUUGAGGGAGCAAAAUUGGUUGUUAAUAAAGGAUUGAGCAACCAUUUCCAUAUUUCACAUACCAUUAACAUGAGUUCUGUAAUACAGUCUGGCUAUAGAUUUGGUGCAACUUAUGUUGGUACAAAACAAAUUUCACCUACAGAAGCAUAUCCUGUAUUGUUGGGUGAUAUCGAUCCAAGUGGAAAUCUUAAUGCCAAUAUUCUUCAUCAGCUUGGUUCAAGACUUAAAGGAAAAUUGGCGGCGCAAGUACAGAGAAAUAAAUUCACCGCUAUACAAAUGACAGCUGAUUAUCGAGGUGAUGCAUAUACUUGCUCCCUAACGUUAGGCAAUCCAGAUAUCCUUAAUUGUUCCGGUGUACUUGUUUUACAUUAUUUACAAAGUUUGACACCAUCGCUUGCAUUGGGUGGUGAACUUGCGUAUCAACGUGGACCUGGUUUGCCAGGUGGACAAAUUGCAUUAUUGUCCGCAGCAGGAAGAUAUACACACGGCGACUCCACAUUUAGCGGUAGUAUUAGUCCAUCCGCUUGCCAUCUCUGUUUUCACCAACGUGCUAGUCAACAAUUACAAGUGGGAGUGGAAUUAGAAAUCAAUGCGCGGAUGCAAGAGUCGACGGCAACAAUUGCCUAUCAAGUCGAUUUACCUAAAGCAGAUUUAGUAUUUAAAGGUAGCGUAGAUACGACUUGGACGGUAGGAGCAGUUCUAGAAAAGAGACUACAACCGUUACCAUUCUCGUUCGCGCUUAGUGGUGUAAUCAAUCAUAGCAAGCAGCAGUUUAGACUGGGUUGCGGCCUAAUCAUCGGUUAAGAACGACGCUCGAUUUGCGAGAUGCAGAUCCGAAGUAACUCCGCUUUCCGUACAGUCGGACAGUCGUGCAAUCUUAAGAUCCAAGAUGCUGUAUCGAUUCCUUUCAUUCAGAACAUCUGGCAUGUCGUGUUUCAUUAAAACUAUGACUCAUGUUAAGCGAUCGUGUUAAUUUGAUUAAAAGAUCUAUACACAUUUUUGAA